AUGACUAGAGCAGGGAUAGAGCUUGUUGUAGGUCAGUUGGCCAAUGUUGGUCUGCAAUCUACACUUCUUAAUAGGAUCAUGGAAGCACAAAUGAACAAUCCUCAACUAGUUAAGAAUUGGGAGGAUGUCUUUGUUGAAGUGGCUAAAGACUUUACUAUCUUAAAGAUGGAUAUGCUGAGAUAUAAGGAUCAAAUAUGUGUUUCGAUGGAUGCUGGUAUCAAGAGAGAGAUUAUGGAUGAGUCUCAUACCACUCCAUAUUCAUUACAUUCAGUCACUAGAAAGAUAUAUCGAGACUUAAAAAUUUUGUAUUGGUGGUUGGGGAUGACGAAGGAUGUGGUUGAAUAUGUGGUUAAGUGCCUUACUUGUCAGCAAGUAAAAUUUGAACACCAGAGGACAGUAGGGUUACUAUAA